AUGGAAGUGAAGUACAGCAUUUCUUUUAUUAUUAUAGCCUUCAUCGCCCUUCGUGAUGUCACCUCGACGGUUACAACGAAAGACGUAAGAACCGGUGGACUUCUGAAGCCGCAGGCUGAGAAGAUCAUCAAUGGUGUCAUUGACAUCGUACAGAGCCACAAGAACAAGCCCCAGCAGAACCAAUAUCCAAGCUAUCCCCAAUACCCGCAACAGUGGAACUCCCAAGCGAACUAUCAGAAUGGAAAUUUCCAAAAUGGUUUCAACUCCCAAACUCAAUAUCAAGGACAAUUCAAUGGACAGGGCCAAUACAAUUAUCAAAAUGGAUACAACCAAGCUGGAAACUUUGCCCAAAACAACAAUUACCAAGGAUUCUCUGCACCUAGCCAGGGCUUCAGCACGCAAGGUCAAAACCAGCAGUAUCAAAUCGUUUAUCAGAACACCCAAAAUCAGUUUGGUCAAGCGACGAACGUUGGGCAAACUGGGUCUGGGCAGAAUGGCCAAUACUUCGGCACGACUCAGACUGUAAGUCAGCAAGGGAGUACAGGGCAGUAUCAAGGAACUGGGAAUUACCAAGGCUCUGGUCAGUAUCAGGGCAGCACUGGUCAAUAUCAAGGUAGCUCAGGGCAGUACCAGGGUGGUACUGGACAGUACCAGGGAAGUUCUGGACAUUACCAGGGCAACGAAAAUGGAUCCAUCAAUGGACAAGGUUUCCUUGUACCUAAUAACCAGGGACAAGGCCCUACUUGCGUUUGCCAGGCGUGGACCAAACCACAAUCAGAUAUUUUGAGCGAUACACCACUUCCAGAAAAAACAGAAAAAGCGGGAGAUCCAAUGCAGCAAGCUAGACUUAUGUAAGAUAUCUUUUAUCUAACUCCAUUCAAGUUGACAAAAAAAACUUAACUUCAUUGGAGUUGAAUUUAUAGCGCCUGGUGAAAUUAAAUAGCUGAAUGUAUUUUUUAACUGGAGCUAAGAGAAAUAUGUCAGGCGUAAUAUUUCAGCCAUUGUAUUGUAAAGCGUAUUGUAUUUGAAUAAAUU